CCCAUCCCUUUUCUUUUGCUGUCUCAAACAAAUCUAUUUAAGUCUUUAAUUUUCCUUUGUCCAAUUCAUAUGCACAAUGGGUAUUAUAUGCAGUUCAUACGAAUCCACAUCAGUUGCUACUACUGCCAAAUUAAUACUUCACGAUGGAAGAUUACAAGAGUUUUCUUAUCCAGUUAAAGCUUCUUACUUGUUACAAAAUGACCCAACAAUCUUCAUUUGCAACUCUGACGAUAUGGAUUUUGGCAACGUUGUUUCCGCGGUAAGUGACGAAGAGGAGCUUCAACUUGGUCAGUUAUACUUCGCUUUACCCUUGAGCCACCUAAAACAUAAAUUGAAGGCUGAGGAAAUGGCUGCAUUAGCUAUGAAGGCAAGUUCUGCAUUAAACAAUAGUAGUAGUAGUGCUGAGAAAUUUAUAGUAUUUGAAAAAGGUGGUGGUCAUUUUUCAAAGAAAGUUGUGGAUGACAAUAGUGGUACUCCUACUCCUAGAAGGAAUAACAGCGGCAGAAGAAAGAAGUUCACGGCUAAGUUGAGUGCAAUACAUGAGUAGGGUGGUCGGCUAAUACACCUGACCAGUUUACAUGUACCUCGACUAUUGCGUUUGUCAUGUGCUAUCUCCUGUUAGCAUAUGUAUUGGAUGAAUUUGCAUAUCAAGACUAAUUAGUUAGAUAGAUGUAAGUAUGUUUUCGUCGUUAUUGUUUUGUGAGAUCUGAAUUCUGGUUUCUCAUGAUUUUCAAUCACUUCACUACUUCACUAACAGUUAUGCCAAAUCCAUUGUGCGUGUUUUAGAAUUGAAGCUAACUGUUCAUAUUGAGAUGUAAAUGGAGUAGUAGGUUAUGUAAAAGAGUUGAGGUUAUAAAUAUUGGAGAACAGCUAGUUGUUUUAGGUUUUAUGUACUUGUCACUAAUGGAGGAGUUGCAUCACAAUUUUACCCCUAAAGGGGUUUGAUUAAGGUAGAGGAGUACAACUCUUAUGCUAUA